GGAGAUGGCGAGGAAGAGGAAAUGCAGUGAUGCAGUAGAAGGCAAAGGGCUUUCUAUCACUAUGGCUACUGAUGCAGCUGGUUGUGCCCGACGUGCACACAAGGGCUUUGUUGGUGUUCGACAAAGACCAUCUGGUAGAUGGGUGGCAGAGAUCAAAGACACCAUACAGAAGAUAAGGAUGUGGUUGGGCACAUUUGACACAGCUGAAGAAGCUGCGAGGGCCUACGAUGAGGCUGCUUGCAUUCUUCGCGGCGCCAAUACUCGCACCAAUUUCUGGCCUUGCUCCUCUCUGCAGCCAUCACGGCCAUCGGUGCUGCCACCAAAGAUCACUAAUCUCCUCCUGAUGAGGCUCAAGGCCAAAAAUCAAGCUUUGUUGGCUGAAAGCCAACAGCAACUAAUCUUGCAGCAGCAACAACCAGGAGAACAAGAGCAGCAGACACAACAUGAAGAUCCAGAGGGAGAGGAAAACUAUUUUUCUGACUUUGUGAAUGAUGCUUCAAAUUCCAUAAUUCCUCUUCUGCAUGUAGGAGAGGAUAGCAGUGAUUAUAUGUAUGACAGUACUCAAGAUAGCUCCACCAGCAAAGAAGGCAAUCAAAUAGAUUUUGCUCCUGACUAUGAAUUAAGUGCAUCUGCAGAAUUUAGCAGUUCCGGAGAAGAGGGGAGCCUUGAUGUGGGUGCCAUGGACUUCGGUUUCAUGGAUGAGAUUCAGGAGCCGUCAUACCUCUAUUCGCCAUUUGAGAUCAUGGGGGAGAUUGAGGAGCCACUAGAACAAGAGAGCUGCAGUGAUGAACCAUCAAUGAUCAGAGCAACAAUGAAGAGGAUGAAGUAUGAGAGGAAGGUCUCAGCAUCCCUGUAUGCUCUAAAUGGCAUAUCUGAGUACUUGAAGCUACAGCUAGGAGAAAGAAAAGGAGGAAAAAUGGAAGAUCAUCUGUCUGGUCUUAGAAACGCAUGCAGGGAACAAAAAGGGACUGGCACAAAGUUGGCAGAAAGAGGAGUUGAAGUAGAGAUUCAAAAUUUCUCUUACUCAGCUUAUUCAUCAACUUACAGUAAUGCCACUUUCUCUUCCUCAUCAUCAACAUCACCAGUAUCACUGCCAUUUCCUUCUUCAACUUUGAAUUCGAGCAGUGAAAGCGAAUUGUUACUUUGGAGCUCUCUUGAUCUUUCUCCAAUAUGAUCAGCCAACAAGUUGAAGGAAAAUAUUUCAGCUUACACUGGUUCUUACAAAAGCAACUAUUUAAAUGAGAUAAUUUGUAUUACUAGGCUUAAGCAUAAUCAUCAA